AUGGAUCCGGACCACUUUUCUAUCUCCCCCAGUGGCUAUAGUAUGCCGCAGGGCGAAGCCUGCCUCAAGCCGGGGGACUUUACUCGCUUUUCGCUAGGCCCUGUUGAAUCUGCAUCAUUGGUUCAAUUUUCAGGGUCCAGUCAGCAUCGCGACUGCGCACCAUGGACAUCACUGGACUUUGUCCAUAAGGUUGAUUCCAGUGAAAAUAGUGCACGAAUGGUAAAGAGGUCCCAGUCAUCGGGUGAGGAAGAAAAUCAUAGCUUUCACGGUGACUAUACAAAGCCUGAGUGCGAUUUCCAGAUGGAUGCAGCCAGUACGCAUUUCCGUGACUUUAAUCGCGCUCCUCAGCAACCCCACAGCUCCCCUUUGCCCCUUGCAAAUCCGACGCAGGCUACUGCUGCAUCUACAGCGGUUCCAAUGCGGUCAUCACCACUUUUCUACGACUUAAGACUCAAAAGUGCGCUUAUCGACAGCACUGGUAGGGCUUUCUUUACGGAUCCUGAAAAGCUAGAACCCACCGACGAAGAGGAUUUCGACGAGGAGGACGAGGAAGAUGAGGUAGAGGAGGGAGAGGAGGAAAAUGAUGAUGAUGAGGACGAAGUGUUGAUUUCCGGUAAUCGAAGUUGUUGA